CUGUCGACCAGCACCUCUGGGUCCCUUUCAUUGGGAAAAUAUGGGAGUUUUUGCCUUUUUUACUUACUUUUCUCUCAUUCUGCAAAUGGGAGCAUUUUCCCUUCUCCAGCCCUGCGUUUCCUCUGAAAGGCACGACCUCUGGGCCCAUCACAGCCUGCCAAUCCGCCAGGCUGCUCUUCCUCCACCACAACAAGAGGCUCUCGAGCAAGGCCAGGCAAAUAGCCGCUGAUAACACAACUUCCAGGUUGCUGUUCCCAAGGCCGGGGCGCCGGGGCCAUUGAACGCCGGGCCCAGACGAGCACCCCGUGUUUGUCUGUGAACCCUGGCAGCUACACCUGCUCCACGGGGCCUUGGUGCCAUGGUACAGCCUGGGCUGAGUUUCGACGAGGACCUGGCUCAGCCAUGAGCGCCAGCGUGGACACAGAGUGCGAGAAGUGCCGGUGCCACAGCAAGGACAAGCACCCAGCCAUCCUGUACACCCUCCUGAGCCAGAACCUGCGGCCCGGCGGCGCCCGGCAGCGCUGCCUGUGCCAGCAGCGCCGCACCGUGUGCCUGCGCACGCCGCACCUCACCUGCCAGGCCGCCUCCGACGUGCUGCUCAGAACCAUCAGCUUCGUGAAAAACGUGGCUGCCUUCCACCUGCUGCCGCGGGAGGAUCAGCUGCUGCUGCUGGACGGCUGCUGGGUGCCCCUCUUCCUGCUGGGGCUGGUGCAGGGGAUGGUGACCUUCGAGGUGGUGGAGGCCCCGGCCCCCAGCAUGCUCAAGAAGAUCCUCCUCAACGGCCAGAGCAAAGGGCAGGAGCCCGAGGGGACGCAGCCCACGCUGGCGGCCGUGCAGCGCCUGCAGUGGUGCCUCAACAGCUUCUGGAGGCUGGACCUGAGCCCCAAUGAAUACACCUACCUGAGGGGAGCCAUUCUCUUCAAUCCAGACAUCCCUGGGCUGAGGGCUCCCCUCUACAUCGAGAGCCUGCAGCGGGAGGCGCAGCGAGCGCUGCAGGAGCUGCUGCACCCCAAGGACCAGGGCCGCUUCUCCCGCAUCUUACGGGUCACAUCCUCCUUGAGAUCCGUCCCCGCCGCCCUGGUCACCGACCUCUUCUUCCGGCCCAUCAUCGGGGACGCCGACAUGGGGGAGCUGCUGGUGGAGAUGCUGGUGGAGGUGCCGGGCUGGCCGCAGGGCCCGUGGCUGCCCCUGGCCCGCUGAGCAGGAUUUGGGACACAAGCGCUCCGGACUCUGUGGGAACUCUGUGUUUCACUGGGGGCUGGAGGAUCCCUGGGGAAGCAGUUGCGGAUUUUACAGCAGCCCCUGGUCGGCCUGGGCCGGUCUCCAGUCCAGGGAGUGUGUGUGGGUGAGGGGUUUCCUGCCCUGGUCCCAGUUUUUACUCGUUUUGCUGUGAACUCCGAGCAGUGAGGGUUGUCCUCAGCUCGAUCUCAUGGUGUCAGUGGGAUCACAGUCCGAGGGCAAACGUUAUGGAAUUACUCUGGGUCUGGCUUCCGUGCUUGGAAUCUUAGAAAUACUCAGGAAAUUUCUUCAGGGGAAAAACCAGAGUGUUAAAUUCCUACCGGGUGUACAGACUCACCCCUCUUUUUCCUCAGAAUCUCUCCUUCCUCCAUAAUUCCAUGAAAUACAACAGGAUUAAGAGCACUGAGGAGCACCUAAACCUACUGCACCUCAUGUGGGGCUCCAGGCUUUCCUGUCUGUGUGAAAAGUUAAACCCCAGCAGAGCUGGUUUAGUGGGAGAUCCAAACCUCCCUCCCUGGAGUCAGAGCCAGGUGCACAUCUCACCUGGAAAACUCGCUCCUCCUGCCUCCAACAGGUGAGGUGUCAGUAUUUUAUAAGUGAACAUUCAU